AUGUCCAGUGCACCCGGUGUGUUCAAGAUGGGCCGUGCAGUGUUUAGUCAUGUACAGUUAACCCUCAUCGUCAAGCAAGUACGUUCUGAAAGCUUCAUCACGAAUUACUUACCAUUCGCAACAUCGAGGAGGUCGACAGUGGUCGCAAAAGCCGGUGGCAACAAAGGGACAGUACCGGCAAUUGCCACAGGAUCUACCUCAACAGGACUGCUAGGCUCAACUUUUGUUCAAACGCUGAGCAGCCCAUUUGUUGGUUCCAAUCAAAACAGCAAUAGCAAAAGCAGCAGUCGUGAGUCCUUGGAUAAACAAUUGCCGCAAUAUUGCUCCGCCAAGUCAGCAAAUAAUACCCAGCAAGCACCUGGAAAAGUAGUCAUGUCAGAAAUCGGUGCGAUUCCAACCGCCAAUGAAGCCGGAGGAACACACUCCAACGCCACAAUAGUCAAAGAGGGCUGGUUACAGAAACGCGGGGAACACAUCAAAACUUGGCGCUCUCGUUAUUUCAUACUGCGAUCGGAUGGCACUCUCCAUGGUUGGCGGAACAAGCCGAAUGAGAAUGCUCCGCCCGAAAGGCCCCUAAAUGAUUUUACAAUUAAGGGCUGUCAAAUCAUGACAGUAGAUCGCCCUAGGCCCUACACGUUCAUCAUACGCGGGUUGCAGUGGACUUCUGUCGUAGAACGCACUUUUUCCGUUGAUACUGAAAGGGAAAGGCAGGAAUGGACCGACGCCAUAAGAACUGUGGCCAGUAGCUUGAGUGAAUUGGGCGAAACCGCCAUGAGCACUACAAACAGCACAGAUAUGACCGAUGUCGAUAUGGCUUCCAUAGCGGAGGAUGAGUUAUGUGAAAAGUUCUCUGUUCAGGGUACGUCUACACGCAGCAGUGGCGGAGUUAAGAAAGUGACUCUGGAGAACUUUGAAUUUUUAAAGGUGUUGGGAAAAGGCACAUAUGGCAAGGUGAUAUUGUGUCGUGAGAAGGCAACUGCCAAACUGUAUGCCAUCAAGAUUUUGAAGAAGGAGGUGAUCAUCCAAAAAGAUGAAGUCGCUCACACAAUUACAGAAAGCCGAGUUUUGCAAACAACAAAUCAUCCAUUCUUAAUAUCCCUCAAAUAUUCCUUCCAAACGAAUGAUCGCCUUUGCUUUGUAAUGCAAUACGUAAAUGGCGGUGAACUCUUCUUUCAUUUGAGUCGCAAACGUGUUUUCAGUGAGGAACGUACCCGUUUCUAUGGGGCUGAAAUCAUAUCAGCCCUGGGAUAUCUGCAUUCACAGAGCAUCAUUUAUCGCGACUUGAAGCUGGAAAAUCUGUUGUUGGACAAAGAUGGCCACAUUAAAAUUGCAGACUUUGGCCUUUGCAAGGAGGACAUAACCUACGGUCGCACUACAAGGACUUUCUGCGGCACGCCGGAAUAUUUGGCGCCAGAAGUAUUAGAAGACAACGAUUACGGCCGUGCAGUGGAUUGGUGGGGUACUGGUGUUGUUAUGUACGAGAUGAUGUGUGGACGUCUUCCUUUCUAUAAUCGUGAUCACGAUGUCCUCUUCACACUAAUUCUUGUUGAAGAGGUCAAGUUUCCACGUACAAUAUCGGAUGAAGCCAAAAGUCUGCUGGCCGGUCUAUUGGCAAAAGAUCCCAAAAAACGUUUGGGUGGCGGUCCAGGUGAUGUCAAAGAAAUCGAAGUACAUCCGUUCUUUGAUAGCAUUAACUGGACUGAUUUGGUGCAAAAGAAGAUCGAGCCUCCUUUCAAACCACAAGUAACAUCGGACACAGACACACGCUAUUUCGAUACAGAGUUCACUGGCGAGAGUGUCGAAUUGACACCACCAGAUCCCACAGGUCCCUUGGGUUCGAUAGCCGAAGAACCUCACUUCCCACAGUUCAGUUAUCAGGAUAUGGCCUCCACAUUAGGUACUUCAUCACACAUUAGCAAUUCGUUGGCAUCGAUGCAAUAGAAAAGAGUGCAAAGCAUUUGUUUAUAACAUUACACAUAUUGCCUAUGCCAGCAACAACAAUAUAAGCCGUGUUCAUGUUUAUUAUAUCGCGAAAUGUUACUAUCGUUCACCUAUAUGUUCGUCAUAAGCGUAUGCGCGAUCUUAUCCUAAUAAACACUAAUGACAAAAAAAAAUACAACAAAACAAACAAAACGCAAGAGAAAAAACAUAACACAAAAGGACACACUAUCUACAGCCACCACUACCACAAUCAAUAGCAUCAUAAACAAGAAUAAUCAGUGUAAAGCUAACGUAUAAUCCCUGUUACCCCAAAAACAUAGGUUUAAAUGCUUAUAAUUUUCUAUCCGAGUAUAAUUUAUUCAUUGAUUGCUUUACAUACUUAGAAUUUUGUCUUAUUCGAGAAAGAAUGGUCAAACGAAAACACUUCAAAUCAAGUUUUCCUCUACAGUUGCAAGAUGCAUGCACUGGCACACUUUACCACAAAAUAAAUAUGUAUGUAAUAAUAAUAAUAAGUUCAAAUGCAAACGGCUCUGGAGAGCUUAUUUUAUAACAAUUCAAUUCCACGCAGCAAAUCACUUUUUGUAGCAUAUUUAGAUGUGAGUGUGUAAGGUUCGUUAUCACCAGCAACAAUAUUCGUUCUUACCACUCCACUCAUUUUUAAGGCGUAUAUGGGGUUGAGAAAAUCUCAUUUAAGAUUAUGUACGGCACACACACAUAGGAGUGUGCGGCGUAGAAUGCUGACGAAUGGAUGUUUGCAGGGAAGGUAGCGUUGCCUUGGGGAUUUUUUUGAGACUAAAUGUUUUGCUUUCGAUCCGAAUAGAAAUCCAACUAAGUUAACAACGAAAAUCAGUUCCACAUGAAAAUUUACAUAAAACUGUUAUAUUAACAGUUGCCAGAUAUCAUUUAUAACAAUUCAAUACACAUGCGCACCAUAGAACAGAACCUAAUAAAGCCCAUUGCACACACAUCCAUAUAGAAGUAAAAGUAGAUGUAAGCUCGGUUUACUACACAAAAACAAAAGCAAACAAUGAAAACCAUAAAAAGACUCAGAAUAUCGAAAGCAAAACUUCUCUAAGACACAAUCACAUCCCGUCAUCAUCAUCAUCACCAGCCAGCCAGCCAGCUAUGCUACCUACCGUAUAUGUGACACUGUGUAGUGGUACCAACAGAUAGACAUACUAACAGGCCGACCGACAGAAGGACGUGUGAUGUUUUCUUCUUUAAUAAUAUUCAUAAUUCGUAAUAAUUGAAUAACAACCUAAAAAAUAGAAUUUAAUUUUGUAAACACAUUUGUAGGGUCUUUAUAGCGAAAAUGUAUCUAAAACAAAAACAAAAUCAUUGAAAUAGUUUAAUAACAAAAGCAAACAAGCAUAUAAGUACAUACAUACAUACAACUACGAUACAAAAUAGUUUAAUAAUAGAGAAAAUACUUUUUUUUAACCUAAUACAUAAUGAAAACGCCAACCAGUACUACAAACAACAAGAAAAACACCAUUUAUCGUCGACCUUAUAAAUCCCUAUCCAUAUAUUAAGUGUAGUCAUGCUUUUGGUAAUAAGAACAUAUUUUAUUAUUUCGUAACGGUCAAUACCCAGAAACUACUACUCUCCCAUCCCACACCUUUCCCCCAAAAUGAAUGUAUGCUGAAAUAAUAAAGAUUCGAAGAAAAAAAAUACACCACAAAA